UUUCUUUCUCCUGACAGAUGGAAAUAAUUGCAGGUGCCAUCAGAACAAAUCCCAAGCAAGGCUUUUUGUCUGAUAACGUGAUUUCAGAGAAUCUCUAUAGAGAAACAAGAAGAUAUGAAGCAUAGACAUGUUGCAUGCAGGCAAGUUACAAGUAGAUAUUGGCACAGCUGGAAAUCUGUUCUAAGGAUUUCAAAGCAGGAUAGAGAGUGGCAGCUGAGGCAAAACAUGACUGUGGCCUAAGGACCUCUUGUCCUCUGUACUGAAGGUUCAAGUCUGAGGAAUAAACAGAAAAUUCUGCAUGGGGAAGAAGGUCUCACUUGGACACUUAAUGCAACCUACUCAUGCUAAAUAUGUGUACAGGCAGCUGUUAAAGAACAGCUGAGGCUCCUGUUUCCUUCUUGGAGCUGAGUUAACACAUUUGUUCUCAAUGGAAUUGCAAGAAAGAUGUGAGUCUAAAUGAUGGAUGUAGCUGCUAAAUGUUGUUGAAUAUCUUAUUGCUAAGAAAUGAACUCAUUUAGAAAGGAUAAACACAAUCAGUCUGCUUUGAAGUGAGUCCGUAUAUGCAGAAUCUCACCUUCUGUUCUGAGCCCCCCAGAGGUGUAGAGAACAUGCUGAAGUCUGCUGGUGCUGUAUUACAGUCUAUCAGGUGUUCACUCUGGGGGAGUUCCAGGAGUGCUAAACAUAGCUUCCUUAUCUUCAGCUCCUUGACCUCACUGGAAGCAGAAUCCAAGUAGCGCUGAUGCUUGAAGGUUUCCCACACAUGAAGGCCACGAAAUAUAUUCACUCAGAUAAUGAAAAGGAAGGGUGUGCUCUGCCUUGGAAGCUUUCCCCCUGGAAAAGAAGGCAAAAGGUUCAAUCACAAAGAAGUUAGUAGAGUGAUGUUUUUCGUUGUGAUAUAAUGCUGUAGAAGCCACACUCCUCUCCAACUAUAUAUGUUUAACUGAUGGCCAGAUCUGCUCUGUCAACAAAGAAAGGAUUAGACUGGAAAGCAGAACUCAGGACUAAAUGAUAAAUGUGAAAUUAAAAAAAAAAAAAAAACAACAAACGAUAAAAAACAACAACAACCAGCUAUUUAAUAAGAAGACUGGCUGUUCUCUACCCUGCGUGAUUCUAGGGUGUUGUAGAGAAGUGAAUAGGUAAUUUAAACAUUCAGUACUGCAAUACAGACAGGAAAACCCAGGCGACUUUGGCCUUAAUUCAGAUGCCCCGUCUUGGAACGACUGCAUCCUGCCGGUGUGUUUCAAGCAGCGAGUACUUCAUUUGCAUUGUCUCUGUGCAUCAAUGAAGAGUCCAAGUAUGGCUUUGUUCAAGCAACAGAAGGUGGAGGACGUUUACGAAAUUGGGGAAGAACUGGGAAGGCUUGGAAGAAAUCCCAGGUGACUCAGUCUCUACUUAAAUGGAAAAGGGGAGGAACUUGGAAAUCUGUGAUAAAAAGCCAUGUCAUCCAGCUAGAUGGACUCUCCCUGGCAAACAGCAGGGUGUAAUUACAGUGGCCAAUUUGCUAUUGUGAAGAAAUGUAGAGAAAUAAGCACCGGUUUGGAGUACGCUGCUAAGUUCAUUAAGAAGCGCCAGAGUCGGGCCAGUCGUCGUGGGGUGCGGCGUGAGGAAAUAGAACGGGAGGUGGACAUUCUGCAGCAGACCCUACACGCCAACAUCAUCAAGCUUCAUGACAUCUAUGAGAACAAGACAGAUGUGGUUCUCAUCCUUGAGCUAGUGUCUGGAGGAGAACUUUUUGACUUCCUGGCGCAGAAGGAAUCUUUGAGUGAAGAGGAAGCAACCAGAUUCAUCAAGCAGAUUUUGGAUGGUGUGAAUUACCUUCACUCUAAGAAAAUUGCUCACUUUGAUUUAAAGCCUGAAAACAUUAUGCUUCUAGACAAGAACAUCCCUAUUCCACACAUCAAACUCAUAGACUUUGGCCUGGCUCACAAAAUAGAAGAUGGAGUUGAAUUUAAAAACAUUUUUGGAACUCCAGAAUUCGUAGCUCCAGAAAUAGUGAACUAUGAACCACUGGGGCUGGCUGCAGAUAUGUGGAGCAUAGGAGUCAUCACCUACAUACUGCUUAGUGGUGCAUCACCUUUCCUUGGAGAAACUAAACAAGAAACGCUUGCUAACAUCACAGCUGUGAAUUAUGAAUUUGAUGAAGAGUUUUUCAGCAAUACCAGUGACCUGGCAAAAGAUUUUAUUCGGAAACUCCUGGUGAAAGAUACACGGAAACGGCUUACAAUUCAGGAGGCUCUGUCUCAUCCGUGGAUAACGACUCACCAGCUGAAGGAAGAAACAAAAGUCGAGGAAAACAAGAAGGCUGAGAACACACAGCUCAAGACAAAACGACUGAGAGAGUACACCAUAAAAUGCCAUUCAAGUAUGCCUCCUAAUAACACCUACAUCAACUUUGAGCGCUUUGCCCGGGUAGUGGAAGACAUUUCCUUUAUGGAACGAGAGGUCAGCACGUUGGCUGCAUCCCAUGAUUCUUUGCAAGAGGACAUUGAUGCUCUGGUUUCCAUUUAUAAUGAGAAAGAAGCUUGGUAUAAAGAAGAAAAUGAAAGUGUGAGGCAUAAGCUGUCUCAGCUCAAGUAUGAAUACCGUAAAACUGAAUCCCUGAAAAGACAUCUACAAGAUGAUAUCAAGACUGUAGGUGCCAGUCUUACAGUCAUAACUGGGAAAUAUGCUGCUCUGCAGAAUCAGUAUGAAUCUCUCAGUCAAGAGCUUUCUGAGGAUCUUAAGUGGGUACAGGAUUUGAUGAGUAAUUUUCAACUGGAAAAUGGAAAUGAAGCCUGUGUGAAUGGAAACUUUGACUCUGUUUUCAACAAAGAUAUCAACGAAUCCCUAACGGACCUAUUAAACAGAUCGUGCUGUGAAGAAUUCCUUGCAGGGCUGAAUCUCAGUGUAGCAGAAUCAAAUCAGUAAUGUUCUAUAUCAGAUUAUAUGCAGGCUUUGCUGCCUCUCUCAAUGUACAGCAGUGAAAAAAAUAAUGUCUCAGUGCAUAAUCUCUACAUACAGAAACAUUACCUAGAACUGAAACAGAAAUUCUGAUGCAUUGCACAAGUUGCUGACCAAAACCAUAAAGUCGCAGUGCCAAAGUUUGUAGUGUUUAAGUUCUUUCCCAUGCUUGGUGUCUGAGCUUACAGGAACUGGGUUAUCACUGUAGUAUGGACCACAGCUAACCCUGCAUUCUUUUGCAUUACAUCAUACUUCAUCAUAUAUUACAGUUCCCGAAGUUCACUAAGUAGUGAAUGCAGAAAGGAGAGUUCAGUCUGUACUUACUGGGGUAGGUGCCUAGAAACCAAUAAAGAAUUAAUGAUAGCAUCUCCAUUUGGAUGAAAGAAAUAGUCACGUAGAGCUGCUGUGGGCAGUUCUACAGAGCAGAUGGGAGAAGUAUUUGCAAAGGUUAAAUCUGUGCUGUAACAUGAAGCAAAUGAAGUAGCAGUUUAGUAUGUGGAAAUUCUCUGUGAGAAUAGCUGCUGCUGAAGAACAGUAAAAAUCAGGCUUUUCAAGAUGAGGUUUUUAGGCCUGUAAUUCAGAUUGGAAUCCUCUACCAUCAGGUGUUAGCUAAUGAAUUAACUCUUUAGUUUAAAAUUCAGUGAAGUUUCCUGUCCCGUACCAAAGAAAUUUAAUCCAAAGACAGAAUUAUGAGUUUGUAAUGAACUGAUCAAAUUACUGUGUAUGUCAUUUUGCAGUGCCAAUAUUAAAAUGUGAGUGAUGAUAAGCAGUAACAUACAUGUCUGAUUUGGUUUCUACAGUAAAGAUGAUGAGACAGAACUGCAACUAAUUUAAUAUGCCGAAUGGGAUUGAGGACUAACGUUCUUGCUGUGAAGUUGUUGGUUUCUUUUUUAAGUUUUAGAAAGUAAGAGAAAAGUUGGCCCAAACUUGAAUCCUGUCUUGUGUUUCAAAGAUUUCAAUUGAUUGUACUGUAUAUUCACAGAUGUACUUGAAUCAUUUUUUAGACCCAGUAAAUUGUUCUUUAUGCAGAUGGCAAUUCUUCCUUGAUUAUGUAGUCAGUGACAAAAAGGGAAUUGUGAGGCUUUUUUUGUACUGGGAAGGGUUGUCAGGCAGCUGCUUUAUGCCUUCUUUGCUUAGCUAUAUGAAUUUGCUUCAAGAUAACUGUUAACACAGAUACAGGAAUUACAGAGGUAUUAGCCAGGCUUUCCUGUAUCCGUGUUCAGGUCCAUCCAGGGUUGAUCUCGAAAUGUAUUAGAAGGGGAGAAGUUAAUGAUCUCACUGAAUUGAACCACUGUUGUUCAUAACAUUAAAAAAAAAAAAAAAAAAAAAGCUUCCUACUUUGAGGUAAAAAUGGUAAAAGCAUACUUUCAUCCAGUUUGUGUAGGGUACAGUGGAUUUGUCACUGUCAUUGUGAAGACGUACAGAGGCUGGUGGAAACAAAGGGUUCUGGAAACAGUUGCUCAGCGGGGUGAUGUUAGCACAGUCAUGGCACUUGGAAGAUGGAAACUGGCAGUGUGCUCUGUGGCAUCUUGCUUUGCACAUGAGGUAAAAUUUUAGAUAGCCAGGAGAUGUCCCUCACAUGCUGAUGCUGUUGGCCAGGGAUGAUUGGACUCCAGAGUGCCGAGCAGUAUUGGAAACCUUUACUGUCUCAGCUUUUGAUUGGCCCUGAUGGCUUCAGUCGUCAUUUCUGCAGGUUUCUUGGAGCUACAAGACACAGGAGAUGCUGUUCAGGCAAACUGGAACAUCAGACUUUUUUUAAUUACUGUAAAGGAGAGAGUUUCGGUUCUUAAGAAGUAACUUAAAGACUACUGAGAGUCAGUAUCUGCAGAAAAGACCCUCAGUGAAGAAAGAGUCUGCCUGCCUUCCCUCAGCCGUCAUUUCACAUCCUCUGAUUUGUGUAGAUUUUCUUGAGGAACAAAUGCACUGACAUGACGAGAAGGAACAUGAAAUGAGGCCACUCUGUUCCCGAGUGCUUGGGUGAGGUCAAUAUUUUUGUGACUCAGUCCUUGAGGUCAGCAUUCUCUGGGCUGAAGGAGGUAAAUAACACACUGUCUUUGAGAAGGUGUUCUGAUGAUUGAGAAGAUGAUAAGGUCAUUGUUUGCUGGCUGCUUAGCAAUUGAGAGAUAGAUAUUAACAGUUGGGAGCACCGUGAAGCAAGCUAUUUUGAUUUGGUGAUGGCUCUGCUACCAAAAGAGCACUCAGAAAUUUUUCAUAACCAUUAUAUAGCUGACAUUUAGACUGACAUUUUUUCCACUUCAGACUCAUUCUACAAGGUUUUGUUGUACCAUGCUAGCUAUUUGCAGUGUAGGGAAAUGCACUCAGUGCUUAUGUGUCCCUGUGGUGGGGGGACACCCGGGAGUGGUGCAUACAUGUAAAUGGGAAAGGAGGCUAGCUGAUUACUUGGCUCUGACUUUCACAAAUGCUAUACCCAUAACAUCUGAGGAGAGAAGUGAAUUUGUUGUCUCAUAGACUCUGCUCUGCUGGAAAAUCCUCAGUGGUGCAUUUUCCAUUCUCCUUUGGUACUCCUUCUCUUUCAGCUGUCUGCCUUGAUUGCAUUCUAGUCCAGUUCAGUGUAAGUAUUUCUGGAUUGUCUGCUCCCUACAUAAGCAAAUCAAAUCUGCUGAAAUGGUGGUCACUCUCUAAACUCCACAACAGUUGAAGAGCUGUCUCCCAAUACCAGAUCUAGUAUUGAGCUUUGUUUUUGUCAUUCCCAAAUACAAUUGUCUGGUCUAUGCGUAUGUUGAUGUGGUUUUG